AUGACUCAUUUACAUCAACAAAGACUUAUGCAGUUCUUAGAUGGACUGAAUGAUACAUAUGAUCAAGCUCGUAGACAAAUUUUAAUGAAGACAACUGAACCCACACUUAAUCAGGCAUAUGCACUUAUAACACAAGAUGAGAGUCAGCAAUAUGCAGGAGGUGGAGUUCCAGGUCAUAAGUCGGAUCCCUUAGCAAUGCAAGCAGGCAGAGGUCAAGGAUUUCGUGGAAGGAAACAAUUUAUGCAAUGUGAGCAUUGUCAUAUGAGAGGACACACAAAAGAAAAUUGUUAUAAAAUAGUAGGAUACCCUGAAGAUUUCAGAAGGAGGAAAACAUACCAUUCUAAGGGGAUUCUAACAACUACAAAUCAUGUGGAAGGUUCUGUGAGUCAUGAAGAAGGAAACAUGGCUCAGAGUUCACAAGGAACAUCAGACACAUCACAUGCUAGAGGGGGAGACCACUUCUUUACAGAAGCACAAUAUCAGCAGAUUCUAGAUUUAUUGAGAGACUCACCACCAAAUGACAUAAAGGACCUUUACAAUGGCAGGGUGAAGGCCAUUGGUAAAGAGAAUGAAGGUUUGUACAUUCUGAAAAGAAGAGGAAUCAAGCUUUUAGCAGCAAAUGUGGAUGUAAGAGGUUCAAGUGCUGAAACAACUCACUUGUGGCAUGAGAGAUUAGGCCAUGCUUCUGUUCCUGUAAUGCAGCAUGUUCCUUUUUUGCAUAAUAAAGUAGAUGAUAAUAUGCAGAAUAAGUGUACUUAUAAGAGUGAAACUAUUGUUUUUCUGAAACAAUUCAUAUCCAUGGUCAAGACACAAUUUGAUACUUGUGUUAAAGUUGUGAGAACAGAUAAUGGGAAAGAAUUUUUCAAUACACAGUGGAAUGAGUUCUUGCUAUCUCAGGGAAUCAUUCACCAAAACUGCCGGAUACUAAAUGGGAAAAGCCCUUAUGGAAUGCUGUAUGGUAGAGAGCCCUCAAUAGCACAUUUAAGGGUUUUUGGAUGCUUGUGCUAUGCCACAAAUCUGACCCAAGAUGAUAAAUUUGGUGCAAGGGAUAGACAGGCUGUUCAUAUGAGGGAUGUAUCCUUUAGGGAGAAUGAGUUUCCGUUUAGGAAAAUGACACAACAUUCAUUUACAACCAAUGACUUUAGUUCUAGUUUCUUGGAGAUAAUUGAUGUGCAGGGUCAACCAGAUGAACUACCAGCAGACAUAGGUACCAGUUCACCAUCAGAGGAUGGGAACAUUGGAUUGAGUACUGAAACAUCAGCAGCAGAAGUUCUGGAAGAACCACCAGAGUCAUUUGAAAAUCAUGAUGCUGCUGUGCUGGAGAGUGUUGAAGAUACAGCUGCUGUUUCACUUACUCAAGAUGGUGUCAAUGAAGAUAUUCAACAUGGGGAAGACACACUUAGACUCAACCUGUUUCCAAUGUACCAACUAGACAGUCUCUAA